UAUCGUGAUAGACCAUACGACAAAGUUAAUGACUCCUAUUAUCUUCUUUUUUAUCGCAGGUUGAACUUCUCCUGCGAGUUCAUCACAAGAACCUAACCGCACUUAUUGGAUACUGCAACGAAACAGAGAAGAUGGCGCUUAUACGAGUUCAUGGCUAAUGGAACCUUAGGAGAGUAUUUGUCAGGGAAAAAAUCUUAUGUCUUGACCUGGGAGGAGUGGCUACAAAUAUCAUUAGAUGCUGCACAAGGGCUUGAGUAUCUUCAGAAUGGCUGCAAACCUCCCAUUGUACAAAGAGAUGUAAAGCCGGCUAAUAUACUAAUCAACGACAAGCUGCAGGCCAAGAUUGCUGACUUUGGGUUAUCUAGAAGCGUUGUUCCAUUGGACGGUAAUAACAAAAGUACAACUGCAGUUGCUGGAACUAUUGGUUAUCUUGAUCCUCAGUACCAAUCUACGCAAGAGUUAAGUGAGAAGAGUGAUGUUUACAGCUUUCGGGUGGUUCUUUUGUGGAUAAUGGAGAUAUAAAAGGCAUUGUGGAUCAAAAGCUGGGAGAGAGAUUUGAUGCUGGUUCGGCUUGGAAGAUCACUGAGGUAGCAAUGGCGUGUGCAUCUCUUAGCUCUAAAAAUAGACCUACCAUGAGUCAGGUGGUUGCUGAACUGAAGGAGAGUGUAAGCAGAGCUAGAGCCGGUGGAGGUUCCGGCGCCAGUAGUGUUACAGAGCCGGAGAUGACGCAUGCUGACUCGGGAAUGUUUCCUCAGGCGAGGUAGAUUGAUUGUUGAAUCCAUUUAAUUUUUAGCUUCCAGAAACUGGAAAGUUCUGUGUGGUGUGGAGUGAGAUUACGAAGAAUAAUAACAAGGUUGAGUU